UAUGACACAUCUAGCCACAUCUAGCCAUCCAACGCGACAAACGUCAUCGACCUAUCAAAAGGUUCCAGCACAAGGUACAUGUGGAUUCCAAACCAAAAAUUUGCCGUUAUGUUCGCAUCAUCGAGCUCUUCUUUGAGGAUCCAGGCGAUCGAUCAGGACAAGAUCGUACCGUUAUCCACUUUAACGUUGCCGACCUUGUCCAGACAAGUGAAAAUCAGCCAGAUCAGUUGGUGCUACGACAAUAGCUACAUUGCUAUGGUCCAGGAAGGGGCCCAUCCACAUAUUGUGAAUGUGAAGGAUAAACGGAAUAUCAGUCUGGUCCAUACCAUUCAAGUUCUCAGGAAUGUUACAGCGCUGUGUUUCAAAAACAAUACCAAAAGGUUCAUUGCCCUUGGCACUAGUCAUGGAGACGUCCACAUCUAUGACACAAAAAACAGAAGCUUGUCAAAGAAAAUCGACAGAUUCGAUUCCACCGUCAAACUUCUUGAGUUCAGCUUAAGAGACAACAUAUUAGCGAUCUCUACAGAAACGUCGCUGUUCAUCUUCACAGAUCAAGCUAAUGGUGCGAACACUGAAUUCGUGAAAGAUAUGACGCUACCUGCAUGUACUAUCGCUAGAUUUCAUCCGAGCAUCAAUGAGCUGUUGGCGUUUGGUACUAUGGAUGGUCAAGUGACCAUCAAAGAUAUGGCUAAGGAGGAAGAGAUCACAGAGCGCAGGCAUUGUGAUAAGGUUACGGGGAUAGCAUUCACGACUGAUAAGAAAAUUAUGGUAACUGCAGGCUCAGACAACCGAAUCUUUAUGUCAAACUUGGCUACGCACGCCCCUGUGUUCAAAAUGAUCAUCCAUACCGGCGCUACGUCACUGGACAUCAGCCCCGACAAUAGCAUGUUGGCCGUAGGGCUAGAGGAUGGAAGUGUUUACCUAUACGACAUCCACGACCCGCUGAAGCCGCUACACGUUCCGAACGCUCACAGCGGGCCCGUAUACAGGAUCGCGUUUGAGAGGGGGCCGGUGGUUAUGGAUGAGAUUAGGGCGAAUCUUGAGAAGGGCUCGGAAACUACGUUGAAUGCGAGCCAGAUGAGUGAAACACAGGUAGAACAGCUCUAUUCCAGAGGCGACGGUGAAAAGUGCCAACAGGACUCCGUGGAAAUGCGCAUGAUGGAAGAAAGGCUCCGAAAAGAAAUGAUACACAUGGUUAAGAACCACAUGACGUACCUGGAACGCAAACUCAUGGAGCAUUGCGCCAAGUUCCAGGAUUUCAUGGACAGCGAGUUCAGAUUGAAGUUCAGGAAGAUGUAAUGUAGGAGAAGCUGUUCUUUUCGGACCUCCCUUAGUUCCAGGCACUUUAUCACUUUCUGAAAAAUCGCAUUGCACAACGCUAUGGCCAGAUGGGACAUUUUCAAUCUGGUGGACUUGCCGCAGAUCGCGCAAGUCAUUGAUAACGUAGACGUAAAGAGCAUGAAGAGUGGCAUGAUUAGGAAAUAAAUAGCCGGUCAAAUUGGCAGAAAAUGUAAACGUUUCAAUAAAGUUUGUGAUGAUAGAA